AUGUCCAAUUCCACACCGCCGACUCUGAGUCACGAGGAAAAGUACGGCGUCAAGCCGAGUGGAGGCAUCAAGCUUCCAUCGAUUGCGUUUUUAUCCAACCAAAAAGAGAGCUUUCUGCCAAUAGGAUCACAAGAAUUACCACGUCCAAGUACCGAAGGUCAUGCUCAGCAACCUCCACACCAACCUAUCAGCAGGCCCAUGUCUGCUGGAGUCAAUCCUGUGGACCACCACAUUUCAGCAUCAGGAACACCACCAGCCAUGACGAUACCAAAGCCUCACGAAUACGAUCAACACAACAAUUCUCAGUCUGUGACCCCUGGUGCCACGAAUAGUCCAGGAAGUGCCAAUGCAGACAAGCAAGCGCACGUGCAUCGUUCGUUAGACCCACAACACGCCAACAACCCCCACCAUCAUCACCACGUCCGCAAAGUUAGUGGAGGCGCACAUGGCCAUCAUCAUCACCAUCACCACCACCAUCACCACCGCCACUCGAGUCCUCAAACCCCACAAACGCAGCCAAAGGCAGCUGAUGAGGCUGAAGCUGAAAACGGCGCUGCAGAGAAGAAGGAUGAAGAUGUUCCCCAAGCAGUGGUUGCAAAAAAGGAGAAAGUUAUACCGUACGUGCUUGACAAGGGCCCUCUUGAGGAGCUUUUGAGGGACGUGUUUCCCAAGAGAAGGCACAUUGGCUCCAUAAUAUACAACCCCACGACGACGUGGGAGACCCUACAAUUCGAGAAUUUGCAAAUCGAUGAGCACGAUAAGCAGCAUCUUCGUGACAUACAGCAGAAAUAUGUGGAAAGGUACGGCGAACGUUAUCGCUCCGUUGACCCAGAGUACAUCCCUACCCUUCCUCCACUCACAGAAGCAGCUAUCAACUGUUUCGUUGAAAUCAAGAUACCCUACAAGUUCAUCAAGGAGUUCCUCGAGAACUGCAAUAGUGAAAAGGUCCAGCGCAAGAGAGAGCUUUGGGGCGGAGCUGGCGGCAUAUAUACAGACGACUCGGACAUUCUUGCCGUGCUCAAGCACCUUGGCGUUUUUGAUAACAACGCUGAUCUCUCAGAGACCAACCCCAAAUGGACUAAGCUGGAAGUGAUCAAACCUAUCGUGGUCCACAAAGACGGAGACGGGGUUGAUCUUCUAGACAUAUCCGUGACACUUCUCAUACUCCCGACAUUGAAACAGUACUACGGCUACUACAAAAAUGGUCUAAAUUCUAGGUCAUGGCUUGGAGACGAACCGCAUAGCGGUUUAUCUAUCGGCGUGUGGGGUGUAAAAUGGGAGACGUACAAUGCAUUCGCAGGGGAUAAGUCUAUACGCAAGAGAGCACAACGGGAAUUCGAGGGCGAUAGAGAAGCACAAAAAGUCAUUGUUGAGAACGGUCAAGGAUGGCGAUUUGACUCCAAGUGCUAUCGCAAGCUCAAGACAAAAUUCACAAAGCUUGGUAACGAUAAGAAUUCCGCGGAGGAAAAAUCUCACUAG